AUGCAAUUAAUUUUGAUUAUUACAAUUGUUGUACUCAGUUCUGGUUGUGCAUUGACGUAUAACAAAACACGUGAUCAGCAAUGGAGUUUAUGGAAAGAUACACACAAGAAAAACUAUUCUACUGCUGAAGAAUCUGUUCGUCGUGCUGUGUGGGAAAAUAAUACGGAGAUGAUCGAAGAACACAAUCUUCAAGCUGACCUCGGUAUUUAUACGUAUUGGCUUGGAAUGAAUCAAUAUGGAGAUUUAACCGUCAGUGAAUUUGUACAAAAAUAUACUGGUUUGAUAGGAAACAUGGAAACCAAAUACAAUCAAAUUCGUCAAGUAUUUGUAUCCAAUUCGACUGUUAGUUUGCCAGACUCCGUUGACUGGCGUAACCAGAAUGUUGUUGAAGCAGUCAAAGAUCAAGGUGGGUGCGGAGCAUGUUGGGCUUUCUCAGCAGUUGGCUCAAUUGAAAGUGCAUAUGCUAUUAAAACUAGCACGCUUGUUUCUCUUUCCGAACAACAAUUAGUUGAUUGUUCUGGUGGACAAAGAAAUUAUGGUUGUGGCGGUGGUACGAUGGAUCAUGCCUUUGUAUAUGUCAUCACUGCAAGCGGCAUCGAGACAGAAAGUUCAUAUCCAUAUACAGCGGUUGACCAGACAUGUGUGUUCAAUCCAACAGAGACUACUGUCCAAAUCUGUGAUUUCGUUGAUAUAGCAUCAGGAGACGAAGUAGCUCUCCAACAAGCCGUUGCUACUAUUGGACCAAUAUCAGUUGCGAUUGAUGCUGGUCGUUCCUCAUUUCAGUUCUAUCAAUCCGGUGUCUACAAUGAACCAACUUGCUUACAACGCAUAUUUGAACUUGAUCAUGCUGUUCUGCUUAUUGGUUAUGGCACAGACGGAAACCAUGACUAUUGGCUGGUAAAAAACAGUUGGAGUACAGAUUGGGGUGACCAAGGUUAUAUGAAAAUGACACGAAAUCAAAAUAAUCAAUGUGGUAUCGCGACGGCAGCCAGCUAUCCAAUUAUUUGCUCCACAAAUACGCAACCAGUACAGCAGAUGACAUCGGAUGCUUUCUAUAUGAUAUCUAAUAUGUGGCUGGUGAUCGAGCAAGCAGAUGGGAUUUUGACAAAAGCUCAGGAAAGUCUGAAUAUUUCAACAAAACCCACAAUUCAAGAAGUAGACGGUGCUGAACUACGACAAAUUCGAAGCUGUAUUAGUCCUAAAUAUUAUCAUUCAUCUCAGGAAGAAAGCAGUAAUCCUCCACCACAGAUUUCCAAUGAGAGAGAAGAUAGAAGAGCAAUGCUUGUUGAACCUUUCUCUCACACUUCCUCAAAUCCACUUUACAAACAAAUACAAGAAAUCACAUUCAAUUUUACACUAAAACAAUUCCAAAUUACUGUUAGUCCUGAUGUAAGCAUAACUCACAUUGCUUUAAGUAUAGAAUCAAAUCCAACAGUAACUCAUCUACGAUUUGUUGGACGAAUAGAAGAGAUUGAUAUGACAACAUCAGUUAAAGAUUUUCGUAAGAACAGGAUAAUAUCUCAUUUAUAUUUGAAAGAAAUUGAGAUUUCACUUCUUAAUCUUCGUCAAAUCCUCGAUAUGUCCUAUGUUAAUCGAAGAUUACGAGUAUUAGAAAUUCAUCAUUGUAUAUCUGUUUCUGAUCGAAAAUUAUUUUAA